UGCCCGGAGGCAGCCCGGUUCCAAAACGAACGCGACCAACGCUAACCAAGUUCAACCUGGGAAGGUCCUCGGCAUUAAUCGAAUCCUCUCCAUGCUCUUCUGGACGGCAAUUUUGACGUUGACGUCAACACAGCAAUGGCGGAUGCAGUGGAGGAAGUUCUUGAAGGCAGCUGGGAUCAGGAUCUGGCUGAGGCCCUGGACUCUGGAGGCUCUGACCUGGAGCUAGAGAUGGACAUACAGGGGGAGCUGGGGUUGGGGGGAGGGCUGGGGCUGGAUGGGGAAGAGGCCGGGGAGGUUAUUCGAGUCCAGGAGCUACCAGCCCAGCAGAGAGCCAAGCUGUGGAAGAUUGCGCUGAAUGUGGCAGGUAAAGGAGACAGUCUGUCCUCGUGGGAUGGAGUCCUGGAUCUUCCAGAACAGAACCUUAUACACACCCGCUGCCAGCAGCUCAUUGACCAGCUGGGGUGCGUGGCGGAGGAGGAGGGACGUGACAUGGUGUCUGACGUAGAGUCUGUCAUCACGUUCUACUGUAAGUCCCGAAACAUCACCUUCACCCCUGACCUCUCCUGGCCACACCUCCUCAAACCCCUGCUGGGCCUGCAGCUGCCCCGCUCCGAUCUCUACAACUGCUUCUACGCCAUCAUGAAUAAAUAUAUCCCACGGGACUGUGUAGUGAAGGGCCGUCCGUUCCACCUGUACAGACUGCUGCUUCAGUAUCAUGAACCAGAACUCUGCUCCUUCCUCGACACCAAGAAGAUCACCCCAGACUCCUACACUAUACACUGGCUAGGCAGUCUGUUCUCCAGUCACUGCCUACCAGAGGUGACUCAGGCCAUGUGGGACUUUUACCUCCAACAGGCUGACCCCUUCCUCAUCUUCUUCCUCCUGCUCAUCAUCCUCGUCAAUGCCAAAGAUAACAUCCUGCAACAAGAAGGGGACAGUAAAGAAGAUAUCAUUAAGAUGUUGGAGGACUCUCCUGCCCUGUUAGAGGCUGAUGAUAUAGAAGACCUGUUCUCUCUGGCCCAGUAUUACUGGAGCAAGACCCCUCUGUCUCUCAGAAAGGAGAACCAGAACUUGUUUGGGUCCAGCCUGGUGGCACUGAAGGAGGAAGACAUGGAUCUGAGUCAGGCUCUCUGUCUCCCUGUGUCUGUCCCUGAGAUACUGCAGGCCAACCAGCUGCAGCCUGUGAGUAACAGCACCCCUGAGGAAGGGGUUCGGUUCUUUGUGGUGGACUGUCGACCUGCUGAGCAGUACAACGCUGGACACCUCUCUACUGCCUUCCACCUGGACUCAGACUUGAUGCUGCAGAAUCCGUCAGAGUUCAGCCUAUCGGUGAAGUCCCUCCUGGAGGCCCAGAAACAGAGUCUAGAGUCUGGCUCCAUCGCUAGUGGAGAACACCUCUGCUUCAUGGGUUCAGGGAGGGAGGAGGAGGACAUGUACAUGAACAUGGUGCUGGCACACUUCCUACAGAAAAACAAAGAAUACGUCAGUAUCGCUAAAGGUGGUUUUAUGGCCCUGCAGCAGCACCUAACAGACAUCAAUGUGGAGGGACCAGACAACUAUGUCCACUGGAUAGUCAGCACCUCUGGAUCAGCUGAAGGAGAGGCUUUGAGCACCACAGGGGAUAAAGGAGUCAAGUCUCUGGUCAACAAGAUGACCUUUGCCCUCAAGUCCAAGUCUGUCAUAGCGAAGGAGAAGAUGAUCAGCUUUAUGGAGAACACGGCUACACCUGUAGACAGAAUGUCUUUCACUCUCCCCUGGCCAGAGAAGGGGGUCCCUGACCGACAUGUGAGCAGUAGUGACCGGGUUGGAAAACCUUACAGAGGAGUGAAGCCAGUGUUCAGCAUCGGUGAUGAGGAAGAGUAUGAUACAGAUGAGAUUGACAGCUCGUCCAUGUCGGAUGAUGACAGGAAGGAGAUCGUAAACAUCCAGACGUGGAUGAACAAACCAGACGUGAAGCACCAUGUUCCCUGUAAUGAGGUCAAGGAAACCGGACACAUGUUCCCCAGUCACCUGUUGAUCACAGCUACCCACAUGUACUGUCUGAGGGAGAUCGCGUCCAGGAAGGGUUUUGCCUAUAUCCAGUCCAGACAGGCCCUCAACAGCGUGGUCAAGAUCACCUCCAAGAAAAAACACCCAGAACUCAUCACCUUCAAGUUCGGCAACAGCAACACUGCUGGAAUAGAGAUCUCUGCUGUGGAGAGGUAUCUGAUCCCCAACGCGGGUGACGCCACCAAGGCCAUUAAACAGCAGAUCAUGAAGGUUCUGGAUGCCCUGGAGAGUUCCUAGAGACAGACAGGGAUACAUGAGAGCCCCCCCCAGCUGGCCGGGAGGGGAGACGUCUGUCUGUCUGUCAGCUGAGGGCAGGGUGCUCUCUUUCUAUUGAUAUCUCUCUCCCUUUCUCUCUGUCCUCCUCCUCUUCCCAGCCAGGCGAGGACCUGGACAGAUCCUGUGUUGACUGUUAACCCUCCCUGUCUGUUGGGCUGAGGGUGUCGUCUCUCUCCCUCCCUGGUUGCUGAGGACUUGAGAGAAUGAUUGACUGACUGGUUCCCAAACGGCACCCUAUUCAAUAUAUAGUCCUAUCGGGCUUGGUAAAAAGUAGUGCACUAUAUAGGGAAUAAGGCUCUGGUCUAAAGUAGUGCACUAUAUAGGGAAUACGGCUCUGGUCUAAAGUAGUGCACUAUAUAUGGAAUAGGGCUCUGGUCUAAAGUUGUGCACUAUAUAGGGAAUAGGGUCCUGUCUGGGAGGCAUCCUGAGACUGUUGCUCCCUAUUCACCACCCUGGUCUCCUCAUCCUGUCUGACAUAUGUGGGUUACACCCUCCAUUACCCUGGUCUCAUCCUGUCUGACAUACGUGGGUUACACCCUCCAUUACCCUGGUCUCAUCCUGUCUGACAUAUGUGGGUUACACCCUCCAUUACCCAGGACGAGUCCUGUCUGACAUACGUGGGUUACACCCUCCAUUAUCCUGGUCUCAUCCUGUCUGACAUACAUGGGUUACACCCUCCAUUACCCUGGUCUCAUCCUGUCUGACAUACGGGUUACACCCUCCAUUACCCUGGUCUCAUCCUGUCUGACAUACAUGGGUUACACCCUCCAUUACCCUGGUCUCAUCCUGUCUGACAUACAUGGGUUACACCCUCCAUUACCCUGGUCUCAUCCUGUCUGACAUACAUGGGUUACACCCUCCAUUUCCCUGGUCUCAUCCUGUCUGACAUACAUGGGUUACACCCUCCAUUACCCUGGUCUCAUCCUGUCUGACAUACGUGGGUUACACCCUACAUUACCCUGGUCUCAUCCUGUCUGACAUACAUGGGUUACACCCUCCAUUACCCUGGUCUCAUCCUGUCUGACAUACAUGGGUUACACCCUCCAUUACCCUGGUCUCAUCCUGUCUGACAUACGGGUUACACCCUCCAUUAUCCUGGUCUCAUCCUGUCUGACAUACGUGGGUUACACCCUACAUUACCCUGGUCUCAUCCUGUCUGACAUACAUGGGUUACACCCUCCAUUAACCUGGUCUCAUCCUGUCUGACAUACAUGGGUUACACCCUCCAUUAUCCUGGUCUCAUCCUGUCUGACAUACGGUGCACUCGGAAAUUAUUCAGACCCCUUGACUUUUUCCACAUUUUGUUAAGUUACAGAAUUGCUCUAAAAUGGAUUAGUUUUCCCCCUUCAUCAAUCUGCACAUAAUACCGAUAAUAAUAAAGCAAAAACAGGUUUUUAGACAUGUUAGCACAUUUAUAAAAAGUUUUAAAAAACUGAAAUCACAUUUACAUAAGUAUUCAGACCUUUUACUCAGUAUUUUGUUGAAGCAUCUUUGGCAGCUUCAUUGGCACGCCUGUAUUUGGGGAGUUUCUCCCAUUCUUCUCUGCAGAUCCUCUCAAGCUCUGUCAGGUUGGAUGGGGAGCGUUGCUGCACAGCUACUUUCAGGUCUCUCCAGAGAUGUUUGAUCAGAUUCAAGUGCUGCCACCACCAUGCUUCACCGUAGGGAUGGUGCCAGGUUUCCUCCAGCAUUCAGAACAAAGAGUUUAAUUUUGGCUUCAUCAGACCAGAGAAUCUUGCUCCUCAUGGUCUGAGAGUCUUUAGUUGCCUUUUGGCAAACUCCAAGCGGGCUGUCAUGUGCCUUUUCCUGAGGAGUGGCUUCCGU